AGGCUUGUUGGUCGGCUUUGGCAGCGUCAUCGUUAAUAUUGAAGGCAAUCUGAUUGAUUAGAUUGCCAAGACUUGACGCGGAAAGUGGGCGCGAUGACGACGUCUAAUCUUCUCAAGCGAACGUAAAUCGUCCUAACAGCAAAGACAAAGAUGAACUUCACAACCGUGACAAUUCGGUGAAUUAUAGGGGCCGACGCGGUUCUCGGACGUUGUAGCAUCUCCGAUCUCAACGCCGAGCUCCUACACUCUCCUCUACUCCUGCAUAAAGAGUCGCGAGAUCUUCCCUGGCCGCCUAAGCGACAUCCUACAUAAGCUUGCACGAUUGUACAGUGCUUAUAUGCUGACUCACCAGCGACGCGUUCAUGCGUCCAGUCUAGCCAAAUGAGGCUCAAGUUGUUGAGCGGUGCACCGCUCCGCGAACACCUCGAUUUUAGUACCAGUAUCCUAUCCAAAACUGGCGAACACAGAAACUUCGGCAUCAGACAACGGUACGACCAGGCAGUUGAAGAAGAAGCUACUUUCAAAUGGCGAGACAUUGGUGCAAAGGGGGUUCCCCUUCGUACUGGUUGGUCGCCACCUUACCUACCUGGGACUGGCAUACAUGGUGCUCAUGAUGGAGUUUCCUUCGUGAUACCGGGCGUCCAAGACUCCUCUGAGUUGCCGGAGUAUAACGUUACCAACCUUGAGACGACGCUCACGCUGGACGAGGAGAACCUAGAAGUCGACAAUUAUCUCCAGCACUCCCUUGUCUUCUACGAUACGUUGUUAUCCUCACAGAUAGUCCAAGACAUUGGUGCGGACGAGACCGUGCCUUCAUCGUCGUUCUUGACAACUUCGUUUAACAACACCACAUCAGAAUUCAGCAGCCCAUCUCCAGUCGAUACCCACGCACCCGUUCUGCAGGUAUCACCCGCAAUGGUUGUAACAUCCCUCGAAUCAUUACCUGAUGCUCGACAUCUGCGCUCUAUCUACCCUCAGACACUCACACCGAAUUUUCUCUGCGCUGUCAUGACCACACCUGAGCGAAACGAGGUUCUUGUGCGCAAAGGCGGUUACAGAAUGGACUUGUGGGAGAUCACCGUGGGAGACGACACCCGCUCAGGAUUCAAAGUCACUUUCUGGUUACGUCCGUCUCGCGACUCGAAUAAUGAACAAAAGCGUGCGCAGGUCCAGCUUUUACAUGUGUUAGAACAUCUUCAAGUCGGCGACAUUAUUCUGCUACGCAAUAUAGCGCUGACCUCGUUCCGCGAAAUUGUCUACGGCCAAUCGCUCAAUGCCACGAUAACUAGAGCCAGGACGUCUCUGGACGUACUGGUGAAGAGCAAUGGAAUGCCUGUUGCGCAAUUAGGCGGGCUACCGGCGUUGGUGGGCGAUAUACUCACAAAGGUAAAAAAAUGGGCACGGUAUCAUGUUGCUGGAGAGAGAGACAUGGUCAAGAAAAGGAAGGGCGGUUUCUCUGAGGUGGGCAAGAUGGCAAAGCGAUCAUUCACAAGCUCUGCGUGCGACGAGGACUUACCCCCGGAUACGAUGGAGUCUCCUCAAGGCUCCCCUUUCUGAAAUCACUGCACAAGCUCCUUCGAUCAUCUGGUCGAACGAUGGGACGCCGUUU